AUGGGAAUUCUCCCCAAUUCCAUCACAAACUACUCCAUCAUUAGACCAUUGGGAUUUUAUAUAGUCGGAUUAACAGAUUUAACGUAUACCGAAAUAUAUUUUAUUUUCCUCGCCUUUGUUUAUGUUGUAACCGUUUUGUUCAAUUCCUUCAUCCUUUCCAUUAUAUGGAUAGAUUAUCGCCUACACACUCCAAAGUACCUCGCAGUGGCUAAUCUGGCGAUUGUUGACUUGGUGCUCAGUACUUCAAUUAUUCCUAGUAUGAUCAAGAUGUUUCUUCUGAAAGAUAACUUCAUUUCCUUCAACGCCUGUUUGACACAAAUGUUUUUUUAUUACUGUUUUGUCUCAUUAGAGUCACUUUCCCUCACUGUACUUUCCUAUGACAGGUUAGCUGCGAUAUGUUUCCCACUGAGACAGAACACUAUCAACACUAUUACCAUCAUGAUGAGUAUUUUAGUGGCUGUUUGGUCAUUUUGUGUAAGUGUUACUGUGUUUGCGGUCAUAAUCAUGACCAGGCUGUCUUUCUGUAACGUGCUCCAUGUACAGAGUUACUUUUGUGACUACACCCCUGUGUUAAAACUAUCUUGCAACGAUAACAGAUUUCAGUUGGCCACUGCCUCUUCUCUGAGUUUACUUAUUGUGUUUGUGCCCCUUAGUUUAACCGGCAUGUCAUACGUCUGUAUUUUGACAGCAGUGUUUAGAAUGAAAAGUGUGGAGAGCAGGUACAAAGCACUUGCAACUUGCAUGGAACAUCUCCUUCUAGUGGCAGUCUUCUAUAUGCCAAUCAUGACAGUGUUUAACAUUGAAAUUUUUUUGGACCACGUUGAUACAAACAUCACUGUGCUGACCUUGUCGUUAGCCUCAUGCACCCCACCCUGUCUGAACCCCAUUGUGUAUUCCCUGGUAACCAAAGAAAUCAAGAACAGAAUACUGGCUGUAGUACAGAAAGUCAAGGUAGCAGCACAAUACAGGCAUAGAGGUCUGUGUGUAUGUGUAUGCUCAUAUGUGCCCAUGUGUGCAUGCUUGUAUGUGUACGAGAGAGUGUAA